AUGUCAACAACAGAGAACACAACAACAGUUAUAGUCCAUGAAGCUAUAAAUGAAGAAUACGAGUACAUACAGUUUAACAAACAAUUGCGUCUAAUUCGUUCGGUCAAAGACGAUAUGUACCAAAUGCAAAGUAUUUUGACUGCAUGUUUUGCUCCAGAUACUAAACACGCAGACGACUGGUUCAGAAACCAAAGCACACAAGAACUUUUGAGUGAAAUUUCUCUAGACCGAGAAUUCUCGGCCUUGCAUAAAACACAUGAAAAUCGUAAAAAUUUGCCAAUAAAUUUAAGAGGAUAUUAUGUACAUAGACUUCUUGUAAAUGCCGUAGCAAUGUGGGCUUCACCUCGUUAUGCUUGGUAUAUUUACAGACUUCUUGACGAACUUCACAGACAAGAACGUGAAGAGAUGGAAAAGAAACUUCAUGCAAAAGAUGAAGUCAUUGAAGCAAAAGACAAAAGCAUUCAGAAAAGAAUACCACGUUCGGUACCAAAAGGAAAGGAAAAGAACUAUAAGUAUAUGAUUUAUACUGAAGAGAUGGAAAAUGAGGAAGAUAAAGAUAUGGUUAUGUUGCAUUUAGUCAGAAGAAACAACAAAAGCUUUUACGACCUUGCUAAGAUUUACAAAUCUG